AUGUCUUCUGCUGCAUUGCAGUCAGCUCAUCAGCCAGCCGCCAUCUCUACUCUUAAUACGCCUUCGCCAGCUGCCGGCUCUUCCAACCACCAAUAUACUCCGGGCCAGUCUCCUAGCCGUGACGAUCGAUAUGCUAGCCGCGAGAACGCGAAUUCUCCCCCUUCAUCUUCGAAACUCCCGUCCAGACGACCGAGCGGAAACGGCGCGAGCGCGACCAGCCCAAUACCGACCUAUCCAGACCAACAAGCACAAUCAUCUUCGAUGACGUCCAGAACGGCGUUAGCUUCGCCGGUGCCCGUAGCAGGCAGUCCAGCCGAAUAUGAACGGUCAUCUUCGAACAGGCGAAGAAAUGAACCUCCGGUCGCUCCCCCGCGAACAUCUUCUACGCAACAAACAUCAUCUGGCGUAGCAAACCCCCGAAGAGCCGCCCGUGCUGAGGAGCGGGCUGCGAACUCUCCGAGGCGAACGGGAGAUGGCAGCAGUAGGUCAGGUGCAAAUGGACAGGCGGACCCGGCACGAGCAACAUACGACGACCCGAGCUCCCGAAGUAGAAGACCGGCAUCUCAACAUCUCGCCCAGGAACCUGUUCAGAGGCCAAGUAGUAAUAGAGAUCACAGACAGACUGUGACAACUACGAUGCCUGUCAGAUCCGCCACGAAUGCUUCAGCGAAACAGCCGUCUCGGGAAGCAAGCGAAGUACUUAAUCGCGUCAUCGUAUCUCAACCUGAGGAUGAUAUUGAGAGGGAACAAGAGCGCCUGAAUGAGGCACAAGCCCACUCCGCACGUCGAGUUACCGAUGAUGAUAGCCAAGCUAUUAUUCCUGCGAACGACUUACCCGAAGAAACACGCCGCGGGGGUCGAAGUCGCCACGAUCAUUCUAAGCGCGAAAAGGGAUCCAAGUUUGGAGAUUAUUAUCUAGGAAAUGUAAUCGGAGAGGGUGAAUUUGGCAAAGUCAAAUUAGGCUGGAAGCAAGACGGAGGUGUCCAAGUCGCAAUUAAGCUCAUCCGACGAGAUAGUGUGGGAAACAAUCCGUCCCGAUUAGCCAAGAUCUACAGAGAAGUGGCCAUUUUACGUGGGAUCUCACAUCCUAAUAUUGUUAGGCUACAUGAGAUGUCCGAGACGGAACGUCAUAUCGGAAUAGUUCUUGAGUACGCUUCUGGCGGCGAACUUUUCGACUAUAUUCUCAACCACCGAUUUUUGAAGGAUGGCCCUGCCCGAAGACUCUUCGCCCAACUUAUCUCGGGAGUGGGGUAUCUUCACAAGAAAGGAAUUGUUCAUCGAGAUCUGAAGCUCGAGAAUUUGCUUCUCGACCGUAACCGGAAUAUUAUCAUCACCGAUUUUGGGUUUGCCAACACGUUCGACCCAAAUGACGAACUGACGGAAGAGGAAGAGUUGAAUCUAUCUGACCGUGAUUUUGUUAAGCGCAUCGGUCUAGAUAAGACCAAACCGAACGGGAUGCGCAGAGGUGAUCUGAUGCAAACAAGUUGUGGAAGUCCGUGUUAUGCAGCACCCGAAUUAGUUGUUAGCGACUCGCUCUAUACAGGUCGGAAAGUCGACGUAUGGAGCUGCGGAGUUAUCUUGUAUGCUAUGCUUGCAGGAUAUCUACCGUUUGAUGAUGAUCCCGCCAACCCCGAGGGCGACAACAUUAAUCUUCUCUAUAAGUAUAUCGUGAAUACUCCGCUUACCUUCCCGGAAUAUGUUACUCCUCACGCGCGAGACUUGUUGCGCCGGAUACUUGUUCCCAGCCCGCGAAAACGCGCGGACCUAUUUGAGGUGGCUCGGCAUAGUUGGCUGAGCGAAUAUGCGCAUGUUGUUGAAUUCAUCACUAGUAGCACGACUACAAGCAACGAGAUACAGAAUACGACAGUGCCGAGUGAGGAGGAUGCGGAUGUUGGGAAUUUGGCAAGGAGCGCGUCCGUUAGAGAAGCGUCGAAGACGAAGCAGUCUAACGCAGCUCCAAGCGAUCCGGCGCGGAAGCAGGGCAAAGCUGACGCAGAAGAGCCAACGUAUGGCAAGCAGAAGGAUAAUAAACGACGGACCGUGCAGGUGGAGUAUGUUGCUCCUGUAACUCAGACACAGAGAGGUGAACCGUCAGACGUCCAUUCGUCGCCGCGCGGAAAGACUCGGGCCCGGUCUUCUAGCCAAGGCCCGGUUGAGGUACAUUCUUCGACCGCCGAGAAACCCCUCCCGAGAGAUCCGCCGGUCUCAAAGGACGACUAUGCCACCCCGUCUCGAGACCCUCGAAAGCAACCGAGCACGCAUCGACGAGACGCACCACCCCCUAGAUCGAAUAUACCCCGUACAGCGUCCGAUAAUGCUUAUGUGAGCAAUGCGGUUGCCGGCACGUCGGCUACGAGGCCUACUACUGGAGGCUCGAUGCAAUCGACAGCUUCUAGGUUAGCUUCAUCUACACGAGGAUCGUACGGUCAACCAUUACCCCCAGCCGUUGCCGGUACUAACGCUCAUGGAAGCAUCCAACAACCUAAAGGUUCGAAGAACUACGUUAUCUCGAACCCGAUCCCUCAAGAGUCGCCCGAUAUGGAUUUCGGUCGACCCAGCAUCAGCGUGCCUUCGAAAUUCGCCCAGGUUUCGGGCUUUACUCAAGGACAGCAGCAACAGCAGCAGGGCGAAGCUAAAGGCCACCGCAGAUCUAACACUAUCGGCGAAAUCGGAGGUAAGAUCUUCGGUCGCAGUGGAUCGAUCUUUGGAAGCCGCAAGAAGCAGCGCCCUGAUCAGGGAGACAAGUCGUCCAGAAAAUAUCCCCCGGUCAGUAUGUCGAAUGUUGUGCCUGGUGACUCGAGGACUUCUAUGGAAUCCCGUGCUUCUAGGAGGUCCUUCUCUCUAGGACUUGGUAGGAAGCGAAGCGGUAGCAUCGCCGGGUCUCAAGCUUCACUCGAGAAACCUCAAAAUCACCGUUUCUCUUUCAUGAGGGCGAUAGGUCUGAGCAAGGAACCUGCAACGCCACCUCUCGAGGACUCUCAGCAAGAUCUACCUAUUCAAGAACCUCCUGAGGUUAAUGAGUACAACCAGUACGUUGAAUCGCAGCACAGCUACACCAGCACUGGACAACGAUAUGGAGAUGGGACGUACGAAUCUCUGCACUCGCCGAGGACAGAGUCGGUUCGAGGAGAUCAGAAUUCCACCCCUUCUCAAUCACGGGUCCCAUCUAAUACAAGGCCCACGGCAAUUCCUUCUUAUCUACAGCAGGGUGCUGUUCUAAACUCAGAAUCCGAAUCAUCAAUUGAGAAUCCACAGCGAAAACCCCAAAACACUUCUCCUUACCAGGUCGGCUACGACUCGGACCCCUACAACGCACGCCAGAGCGGCCGUGGAAGUGGAAGAGGCGGCGUCCUUCAGAAGAACAGGAGAUUUGUGGACGCCUACGACGGUGAGGAGUACGGAAGACCUCACGACCACGCCGGUAGCAGCGGUGCGGCAAAGAGAGUGAUGGACUUCUUCAGAAGGCGGGGCCGAGCACGAGGAGGCGAAUCUUAA